AUGCCGAAAAGGAGAGCUGUCCAUUGCCUCGCAGGGACCCAGCUUCACUGGAGAACGCCCGGUACUCAUGUGAAUUACCUCAAGAUUGAAGGCCAAGCCAAUGCGGUGGGGAAAGCCCUCGCUUUCACGACGGUGACAAUCUCCAAAAAGACCGAAGCAGACCUGGAUGAGCAUUUUUAA